UGCUCCUCGUAAUUCCUUCCUUUUUGGGGUUGGAGGGGAACCCUCUCACUGCGCACUUUCCGCGCUGGGAGGGGGUGGGGCUCCCCUUUUUUUAUUAAUCAGGGUCAGAACACAAUUCAUUGCAGAAAACCCCUCCGGCAGAGCAGCUCCCGUCGCCAGGGCAGCAUGAACGGGACGGAGGGGAUCAAUUUUUACGUGCCUAUGUCCAACAAGACCGGGGUGGUGCGGAGCCCCUUCGAGUACCCGCAGUACUACCUGGCCGAGCCCUGGAAAUACCGCCUCGUGUGCUGCUACAUCUUCUUCCUCAUCUCCACCGGCUUCCCCAUCAACUUCCUCACCCUCCUGGUCACCUUCAAGCACAAGAAGCUUCGGCAGCCUCUCAACUACAUCCUGGUCAACCUGGCGGUGGCUGACCUGUGCAUGGCCUGCUUUGGUUUCACCGUCACCUUCUACACCGCCUGGAACGGCUACUUUGUGUUUGGCCCCAUUGGCUGUGCUGUGGAGGGAUUCUUUGCCACGCUGGGAGGCCAGGUUGCCCUGUGGUCCCUGGUUGUCCUGGCCAUCGAGCGCUACAUUGUCAUCUGCAAGCCCAUGGGCAACUUCCGCUUCUCUGCCAGCCACGCCAUGAUGGGCAUCGCUUUCACCUGGGUCAUGGCCAUCUCCUGCGCCGCUCCGCCGCUCUUCGGCUGGUCCAGGUACAUCCCGGAGGGGAUGCAGUGCUCCUGCGGGCCCGACUACUACACCCACAACCCCGACUUCCACAACGAGUCCUACGUGCUCUACAUGUUCGUCAUCCACUUCAUCAUCCCCGUCGUCAUCAUCUUCUUCUCCUACGGGCGCCUCGUCUGCAAAGUCCGCGAGGCAGCUGCCCAGCAGCAGGAAUCGGCCACGACCCAGAAGGCGGAGAAGGAGGUGACGCGGAUGGUGAUCCUCAUGGUGCUGGGCUUCAUGCUGGCCUGGACGCCCUACGCCGUGGUGGCGUUCUGGAUCUUCACCAACAAGGGCGCCGACUUCACGGCCACGCUGAUGGCAGUGCCUGCCUUCUUCUCCAAGAGCUCCUCCCUCUACAACCCCAUCAUCUACGUGCUCAUGAACAAACAGUUCCGUAACUGCAUGAUCACCACAAUCUGCUGCGGCAAGAACCCCUUUGGGGAUGAAGAAACCUCCUCCACCGUAUCCCAGAGCAAGACCGAGGUCUCCUCCGUCUCCUCCAGCCAAGUAUCACCUGCAUAG